AGUGGAAACACACGCGGAGGCAAGAGACACAAGCCGAGACACGGGAAGACACAGGGGAGAGACACGCGGAGACAGGAGGAGACACGCGGAGACACGCAGAGACACGCCAAGGGACAGCCAUGCCCUCUCUCUCUGUCCCCAUGCACUCACUGACGAGCAAAACUUCCUCGCAGCACCAGCAUUGCUCGAACUCCACCACCUCCUCACAGCCCCUCGCCUCCUCGCUCCUUCGCGAAGAGAAGGGAGAGGAUGAAGGGUCCUUUGGACAUCAGGAGGAGGGAGAAGAUGUGAGACGUGAGGAGGAGGUGGAAGAAGAGGGGGAGACGUUGAGACAACAGGAGAAGGAGGUUCAAGAUCACCAGACGUUAGAACAUCAGGCGGAGAAGUUGAUGUCCCACGAACAUCAAGAAGAGGUGGUGGCGGAGGAGGAGGAGGAAGAGGAGGUGGAGACCUUAGACCUCCAGAAGAUCAAGGAGAUCUUCAGGCGCCGCGAAUAUCAAGACGGCGGCCGCGAGGAGGACGACGGCUCGACAGAAGGUCGACGGUCCGACGACGACGAUGAUGAUGAUGAUGAUCACGAUGAGGAGGAUGAAGAGGCGGGUGAAGAGGAGGAGGAUGAGGAGGAGGACAUCGUAAGGUGUGGCGCUCUGAGGCCCCGUAGGCACACGCUGCCCGCCAGUGAGUUCCGGGAGUUGUGCGAGGCAGACGCCACCAGCGUCUUCGAAAUCGAGAGAGAAGCCUUCGUAUCGGUGUCUGGCGAGUGCCCCCUGCGCGAACCGCAGCUGCGCUCCUUCCUGCGAGCGUGUCCCGAGCUCUCACUCGGCUGGUUCGAGCAGGGACGUCUCUCCGCCUUCAUCAUCGCGUCGCGCUGGGACAAGCGGCGACUGUCUCAGGAGUCCCUGGACACACACGUGCCAGGCGGCUUGUGCGCCCACAUCCACGUGCUGGCAGUGCACCGCGCCUGCCGCCAACAGGGCAAGGGCUCCGCCCUGCUGUGGCGUUUCCUGGCGCGCCUCGAGCACGGUGGCGGAAGUGGCGUUGGCGAGCCGCGACGACCCAACGCACUCUCCCCCCUGGCCACGCCCACCUCGCCCGUGACCACGCCCACUUGGCCCAGGGGCACUCCGGCGUUUCCUACGCGGGUCAGGGACAUCUCGACCACCGCCGCCACAACUGCAGUGGCUGCGGCUGUGGUUCCUCCUACCCCUGCCGUGUACCCCAGGCGGGCGCUGCUCAUGUGCGAGCGCGAGCUGGUGGGCUUCUACGCACGCGCGGGCUUCCGGGCACUGGGUGCCUGCGCUGUGCACGUUCCCGGGCUCGCCUUCGUCGAGAUGGAGUGGCGGGCGAGCCGUCGCGCGCUCGGAGCGCGGAGGAAUAGCGGUUGGUGAUUUGGGCUGGCUGGCUGAUUGGGUGUCUGGCUGGCUCCCUCGAAGAGGACGCUGCUGAUUGGCUGCCACCAACGGAACUCACCUACCAGCCAUCCGCCACUACCAGCCACCCACCCACCACCGCAGCCCACCAUCACCAUUACCACCACAAUCACCACCGACUCACCACCACCUUCCAUGACCACCACCGCAACCCAACAUAACCACCACCACCCACCACCGAAACCCACCAUCACCAUUACCACCACAAUCACCACCACCACCACCCACCACCACUUACCAUGACCGCAACCCACCAUAACCACCAUCACCACCACCAACCACAACCACCAUCCAGCAGCACCACCACCCUUUGAAGACCCCAAAGCCAGACUAACUGGCAAAAUGGGUCCCAAAAAAAUAUAAAAAAUAUAUAAAAAUACCUUUUGAGGCUAGACUAUCGGUCAUAUACCGACUAUAAUCACCCAGGAAUGUCUGUGCUUAACGCUCAUGACGUCACUCCACAUCGACCAGCCCCCCUCAUUAAUAUUCAUGAGCAGGUGACGUUCUCCAAAUGGACACCCCCCGAUCCCUCAUUAAUAAUCAUGAGCGGGUGACGUCACUCAAUAUGGAGUACUCCCCCCCCCCUCACUAAUAAUCAUGUGCAAGUGACGUCACUCCACAUCAAACAGCCCCCCUCUUUAAUAAUCAUUGUAAGGUGACGUCCUCCAAAUGGACACCCCCCCCCCCCACAUUAAUAAUAAUAAGCGGCUGACGUCACUCCACAUACAACCUUCACUACAAAGGCAGAACCCUCACGUCACCGAUCUCCAGAACUCUGUUGAGACAUCAAAGUAAAGCGGACGUGAUGAAUAAGGGAUUAUAACCUUAAAAUGAAAUAGGUCUGUGUCACCGCGCCCUUACAAAUUGCACACGCAUUAAUGCAAUGAACAUCAUGUCGCUGUCUGCUUUUUGCUUGCAAGUUUCAGAUGUACUGCAAUACACCCGUCCUUGGAUGGGCAAAAGGCUAGAUCUUUAUAGAGAGAGAGAGACAGGAGAAAAGUCAUAGGUCGCUAUGUGAAUCUAUGGGUCUCUCUCUGUGAGUAUAUGGGUAUCUGUGUGAGUCGAUAAUUCUCUGUGUGAGUCUGUGGGGCUCUGCAAUGUUUGUAUGGGCCUCUGUGUGGUUGUCUGCAAUUCUGUAUGCGAGUCUGGGAUUCUCUAUGCGAGUCUACGGGCCUCUGUGUGAGUCUGCGAUUAUUUAUGCAAGUCUAUGGGCCUCUGUGUGAGUCUGCGAUUCUCUAUGCGAGUCUACGGGUCUCUCUGUUUAUAAUCUGCGAUUCUGUAUGUGAGUCUGUUAUAUAUUGUACAUAAUAUAACUGCUUCCCAACGCAUCUAACGUACAUGACAUACACCAACAUGGUUAUUCUGCUACAUGUAAAACAUUCACGAUACACUUACACGAUGGUACUGCAGAACAUUUCAUAUGCAUUAUAUCUGUCUCUUAACUGCUGGUGCGGAAGAGUCCGUAGGAGGAUGUGAAGAGGCGAUGUUCAAUUGUAAAUCUAUGCGCGUAUGUGUCCAUGAAAGAUGCGGUUCGGAGAUGUUUCUCCAUGUCGGAACCGUUAAUAUUGGUUUUCUGAAUCUGUAAAUACUCUCCCUUUGUUGCGCAGAGGUGAAUUAAACGGCGUGUCUUUACCAUA